CGCUCUUGCAUGCCCAUUUUCCUCACCCUUCCAAGUCCAACCCCACUGUCGGCGAGCUCCUAUUAACAUAUACACAGGAGGCACUCAAAUCUUUAUAAUUUUGAUUAUGUUCCUGGCUUCCAACCACCUUCCAAAUGGCCCCAACCGAGGUCUCCCACUUUAUUUUAUUCACUCUCACAGCUGCACCUCUCUUUGUUGUUGGGCACCUUCUAAAUUCCCCCCCACUAUAAAUUCUCCUGAAACCUCACCAUUCCUACCAAGUGUAGCAACCUCUCUCUGUGUCAACACUAGAUUCACGGAUGGCUACAUCUUCGCUUGCAAUAUCUCCAAGAAAGCUCCGUUCAGAUCUGUAUUCCUAUUCAUACCAAUCUCACUCAAAUACACCAUUAGUCAUCUCUGUUCUUGCUUCUCUCAUCGAGAGAACCAUGGCUAGAAAUGAGAGAAUCGCCAAGAUCUGUUCCUGGGCAUUAUCAAAAGACUUUAGAACUAGGGUCUUUGAUUGCUACGAGACACCGGACAUGACAAUUCAAUCCUAUCUCGAGAGAAUUUUUCGAUACACUCGAGCCGGCCCCUCUGUUUACGUUGUUGCUUACGUUUAUAUUGAUCGGUUUUGCCAGGCCAAUCUUGGAUUUAGGAUCAACGCAAGAAACGUGCAUAGGCUUCUCAUUACAACCAUUAUGGUGGCUUCCAAAUAUGUAGAGGACAUGAAUUACAGGAAUUCUUAUUUUGCAAGAGUUGGGGGAUUAACUACGAAUGAGCUGAAUAAGCUGGAACUUGAAUUUCUGUUCAUGAUGGGCUUCAAAAUGCAUGUGAAAGUAAGUGUUUUUGAGAGCUACUGUUGUCAUUUAGAAAGGGAAGUGGGCAUUGGAGGAGGCUAUCACAUAGAGAAGACAUUGAGAUGUGCAGAGGAAAUCAAAUCAGCACAAAAUGAAGAGAAGAGAUAUAUUAAUCAAAUUACUCGUAUUAUGCUGUAGAUUAAAUUUUGAAGAAGAAAUUUUUCUUCAGGCGGUUUUACGCGCCACCAUAGGAGAGGAUUGAUUAUUGUGUACAGAUUGAAGUGUAUAAAAAUGUGAUGGUAUAGAGUGAUGUAUAAAUAGUACUACUGAGUUUUUACUUGAGAAAGACAAACAUUUGCUUAUAACCAUUGUGGCUUCUCAACUGUACAGUAUUAUCUUUACUUUUAUUUUCAUUAUAGUAAUUUUGUAAAAAGUAUUUCAUUAUACCCUAUAGAAUGUAUUUGUUAAAAAAUAUCAGUAAUUAGUGGUGAAUAUACUGCUUGAUUAGAAAAAAUAAAGUUGAAAAGAUGGAAAAUAAUUAAAAAAAAAAAAAAAAAAAAAGAAAAAGAAGAAGAAGUAGGGUAUUAAAAAAACCAAGAAGGGGCCACAUCUAAAGCAAUGCAUAAAGUGGAAAAUUAGAAAAAAGCAAUGGAGCUUCUUGAGAUUCUUACUUUUUAGUAUGAUAUUACUAAAAUAAAAAUAUAUAAUAUGAACUCAUUAUUAGGUUAGAUUAAACUAAACUAUAAUGUAUUAUCGACAGAAGACAGAUCAGGUAGAGGAAGGAGAAAACGACAAUAAACAAGUUGUUAAUUAAAGAAGCAAAACAUAAUUAGAUUUACUAAAAUAGAUAAUUAAAUAGAUGUUAUUGCAAUUAACAUUAUUUUAUAAAAAAGAAUUAAUUAAUGUUUUAAAAUGUUUUCUUCUCCUUUUGGUCAUUUCAAAUUGUACUAGCUUUAGGACAAGUACCUAAUGCCAGCCUUAAUUAUAUGUGCGUUUGUGAUUUAACUAAAAUAAAGAUCUCCAUUACCACAUUCUUGAGAUUUGGUACAAUGGAC